AUGCCGCCUCAAGGGGAUAAAUUGCCAUCGUCCGAGGAAGGUCCAGAGGAGGGCAAGGCCCAGCGGUCCUCUGAACUCAUGACGGAGCAAAAACGCGCGCGUAACCGUCUGUCACAGCGAUACUUUCGCGAACGCCGAAAAUUGCGCCUUAAGGAACUGGAAACGCAAGUCCAAUCACUCUCCGCGACCGACAGCGACCGGACCGCACGAUUGGCAGCAGAGAACGCCAAGCUAAGGAACUCGUUGGUACAAACAAGGAAGAGAAUGGCACAGUUAAAAUCAAUGAUAGCGAGCCUUGACGAGACACUGGAGGGCUUGCUGGAUGCGUCAUACUUGACUACUACGUGCAUGCAGGACGCAACUCAGAAGGUCGCAACUUCGAAAGAACAAGAUCCCACAGGUGUUCCAACUCUGCCGGAUGCGGUAACACCUGCCAUCAUUUUAACAUCUCUGGAAGAUCGCCAGUGGGGCGAUUUGGAUCAUCAGCAGCAGCGGAGUUGGAGAAUAUAG